UGAAGUUGUUGAACCUUCCGCGUUCAACUGGUCUGACUCUUGUGAGUGAUGAUAUGAUUAGACAUAAUUUUUCGCAGUUUGAUACUAAUGUAUCUGAGCUGUUCCGUCACCGUGUGCUUUCUCCAGCCAGGCUCCAUCGCAAACUGAUGGGACGAUUAUCGCGUGAUUUCGUGUUAGGUUAAAAGUUAAGCCUGAAGAAGUUGGCACAGUUGAUGCUGUAGUUGUCGCAUCAUUCUAAUUUCUGGAUGCAAUCAUACAAUAGUAACACUCACUGUAACAGUACUAUAUCUGGAUGAGCUGGGAGAGUUUGUUUUGAUCCUGCGCUGUGGAGAGCGAUUCCCUUUGACAUUUGAAGGGAAGUAUAUUCCGGGAAAAUCGGCUGUGUUGUGACUGUUGUCCGGGGGAACAGUGGUGGUGGCAAGUUGCAACUGGGCUGAGAUUGGUUGUGGCGAGUUAUUUGUCGUGGAGUUAAUCAGUUGAUGGUCGAUCGGGGGGCCUUCAGCUGCGAGAAGAGUGCUGUGUUCGUUCCUUGCCUUGGGCUUGGGGCGAGUGCGUACGUCGCUGCGGAGUGAGAAGCGAUUGUUCAGUCCAGGCUGCAACCCAGUUGGCAGUUGGAUUGGCGUCGGAUGGGUUGUGCAGCUGGAUCAACCUGAAGGCCUGCAUCCGCAUCAGGGGCCUGCGACUCACAGUGGCGUCUGGGAGGACGCACGCUGCCCUGCACAGCACAGUCCCACCGCUUUUUACUUCUGCUAGUGCGCGUCUAAGCGUCUGCCCGCACAUACAGCCGAAGAGCGAAGGCCUUCUUUCCCAGGUGAGAACUGGGAAGAGUUUAACAAGAGGUGCGGUGCGUCUGUCGGUGAUCCGUGGCGGUUGCUGCGUGCUUCCGCUGCAGUGGUCCGCUUUGCUCUUGCCGAAGAGGUUUCAACAGGCAGCUCAACGUUUGGCUACAUCGCUGCAGUCGGACUGGAGGCGAUUGGUCCGCGUCCUGGCUGAUUAAAUCUGUGGCAAAGAAUUGUGUCCCAGUCUGCUCUUCCCUGGCGCCACACAUCCCCUACCUACCUACCGCGCGAAGCCGUUAGAUAUGCCGUCAUCCACUGAGCCAUCGCCGUUGUCAUUCCACUGACUGAUUCACGGGCGCCGUCAGGCUGUGAGCUGCUGGUUGACUGCGGGCUAUUUAUAGCAGACACGAAGCACUCUUUCCGCGGACUGAAACAGUGAUCGCGCCGAGAGACAGCGGAGUCACCGGCCAGCGCCGCCAUGGGCAACAGCGUCUCCUGCUGCAUCCCCGCCGGCUCGGCGCCCACCACGGCGGCCCCCGCGCCCGCCCACAACGGCCUCUUCAAGCGGCAGGACGGCGCGGCGGGGCACAGCAAGGCCAGCCAGAAGGUCGUCUACCACAACUACUCCCACAGCGGCGACCUCCCCGCCGACGCGGCGGCCGGCGGACGCGUCGUCCUGCGCAACAAGCAGCAGCACAGCGGCUCCAGUCAGGGCCUGGUGCUGUCCAACAGCGCCAGCCACAACCUCCUGCCCGCCGGCGCCGCCGCCCGCCUCCACUCGGAGAGCUCCUCCAACAUCCAGCACAUCAGCGAGCGCGAGCCGGAGGACGGCCUCAACGACCCCUCCAUCAAUCCGCGCCGCGGACCCAUCUUCAUGGUCCGCAGCAAGUCCGAGCUGCGCGAGUCGCGCGAGCGGAAGCGCCGCAGCCAGUGCCUGCCCUCCGGGGCGAAUGCGGGGGUCUUCCUCGAUAAAAACGGCAUGAUGGUGAUCAGCAGCCCGACAGAGCGCGAGGAGACGCCGCGCGACGACUCGCACGGGUCGCAUUCCGGCAGCACGCCGCUGCAGCGCAAGUUCAACUCCUGCUCGACCAUCUUCCUGGACGACUCGACGGUGAGCCAGCCGAACCUGCGCAGCACCAUCAAGUGCGUCUCGCUGGCCAUCUACUACCACAUCAAGAACCGCGAGAACCGCCUGGUGCGCACGCUGGACAUCUUCGAGGAGCGCCUGCACCCCCUCAGCAAGGACGAGCUGGCCACGGACUACGACCAGGUGGACCCCGACCACCGCCACGUCUACCGCUUCCUCAGGACGCUGUUCAACGCGGCGCAGCUGACGGCCGAGUGCGCCAUCGUCACCCUGGUGUACCUGGAGCGGCUGCUGACCUACGGCGAGAUGGACAUCGGCCCGUCCAACUGGAAGCGGAUGGUGCUGGGCGCGGUGCUCCUGGCCAGCAAGGUGUGGGACGACCAGGCGGUGUGGAACGUGGACUACUGCCAGAUCCUGCGCGACAUCCAGGUGGAGGACAUGAACGAGCUGGAGCGCAACUUCCUCGAGCAGCUGCAGUUCAACAUCAACGUCCCGGCCAGCGUGUACGCCAAGUACUACUUUGACCUGCGCUCGCUGGCCGACGCCAACGACCUGAGCUUCCCCGCGGAGCAGCUGAACAUUGAGCGGGCGCAGAAGCUGGAGGCGCUGUCGCGGCUGUGCGCGCAGAAGGUCUCGGACGGCUUCCUCUUCAGCAACGCCCUGCGCCGCUCCAACAGCCUCGACAACAUGGCCAACGCGCAGCGCCGCAGCGUGGCCAUCUUGUCCUGAAGAGUGACAGCAGAGAGCGCCGAUUAGAGCGCUUUAUCCUUUGGGCCGACAGCGCCAAACCCGUGAGAUGCCCGGGGCGGCCCGGCCUGGUGAUUCUUCUUCGAUUUCCCUUUCCGCCGGCUUCAGCGUUCGGUUGGGUUUUUUAGCUUUUAACCUGAUCCAAUCCAGUGGAAUCAGUAGGUAAUUUGUUUUCUAUUUCGGUUUUAUCCUUUUUUAAACAAACUCUAUGUAUCCGUUGCCCGUAUCGGACCUGCUAUUGCAGCUUGAGCAUUCUGUGUUUCUACUGUUAUGUUGUUCGUGUACUGUACGUUUCGCGCUGGUUGACACGGGGCGGACUGUUUUGGGGAUGCUCCACACUCGGAUGUCCGCAACUGCCGGGCUCUGAUCGUGAUUCGGUGCUUUGUGGGGAUGUUUGCGUUUUGUGAUACGCAUGUCAGUCAUGAAUCAAACCAAUCCAGCUC